GUAGAAAGCAUCGAACUGAGAGGAGGAGGCCCCCACACUUAUGUGCGCCUUCAAAGGCUCUCUCUCUUCUCUCUUCUCUCUCUCUCUCCUUCCGCUGCUUGCUCUUCUGCGGCCGAACCCUAUACCUGUUCCCCCACGAGGUUUGAUACCUCAACUCAACUUUAACAGGUCUAGGACGAGACUAGACGAGAGGAGAGCGCGUCGAUUGAUUGCUUACAUAGAAAUGACUAGUAGUACGUCGUCAGUGGCGGCAGUCGGCGUUGUGGAUUUGCGUCCGCCGUUCACGGCAGCGCAAUGGCAGGAACUGGAGCAUCAAGCUUUGAUAUAUAAGUAUUUAGUGGCUGGACUACCUGUUCCACCUGACCUUCUUCUUCCGAUCCGACGGAGCUUGGAAUCGCUCUCGGCGAGGUUCUUUCAUCACUCCUCUUUGGGAUAUUGUUCCUACUAUGGGAAGAAGAUUGAUCCGGAGCCAGGUAGGUGUAGAAGGACUGAUGGAAAGAAGUGGAGGUGCUCGAAAGAUGCAUAUCCAGACUCCAAAUACUGUGAGCGGCACAUGCAUAGGGGCCGUAACCGUUCAAGAAAGCUUGUGGAAUCUCAAUCGAGCUCUCAGUCUUCGUCAUCGUCAACAACUGUGAUAUCAAGCUUUUCUGGGAGCAAUGGAGGAGGAAGUGGAAGUUUUCAGAGUCUUCCUUUCCAUUCCAUUGCUGCUAACCAAGAAGGCUCUUCAUUGUUUAGAAAUCAUUUGUUGAAAUUGCAGGUGGAUCCUUCCCCUUAUGAUGAUGACUCCACUCACUCCACUGAUAAGGAGUUUAGGUAUUUCCAAGGAGUGAAGUCGUCAGAAGCUUAUGAACAAAACUUAUCUCCCGACGGGGGCAGUGCAAGGGCUGCUAAUGUUGUUGAUGAUACAUGGCGACUAAUGCCUUCACAGAAUGUGAACCAUUCAAAUUUGAGAUAUGGUGGUUCUUCUUUGCAGAAUGAAACCCGUGAACUAUACAUGCGUUCAGAUUAUGAGCCAAUUAGUUUGCAGCAACAACAACAUAUCCUUUUCAGGAGCGACAUUACCUCCUCACUGGGGAAAGAGGAGGAAGAGCAUCAUCAUUAUGCUAUGAGGGAUUUCCUCGAUGAGGGGGCAACAACUGCUGGUAAUAAAGGUUUAUGGUACAACAAUAACAAAAGCUCCUUCUCCAACACUCGCCUGUCAAUCUCUGGACCGGAAACUUCAUCUGAGAUCUCUACCAGGAAUUCCUCUCCAAAUGAUGGGUGAAGGAAGCAGAAAACUUAGACUGGUAAGAGGUUUGUAGCUUAUGAAAUAAAACAAACGUUACUUUCGGGUUUGAUGCAUUUGUUGUUGUUGUUAAGACGAGUUGAUCAACAAAAUGUCGACUGUAAGUUGUGGGAUUGCAUUUGCUAGAUGAGUAUUAUUGUGUUAUAACACUUCUCUAUGUUUAUUGGGUUAAAACUUUC